CCCCGUGAACACGAAAUAAACGAUGAGAUGAGAGAGUAUCUGUAUUCCUUACCUUCCGCUUAUUUCCCUCCCAAGGAUACCCACUUUACCCUCUUCCCUCGCAGGGGAUUUUGUUUCCUUCCCCACCUAACUCCGAAGCAAAGGCCGCCGUCACAGGCCACAGUUCACGCGAUGGAGGUGGGAGGAUCAGAUUCUGAUGGCCGUGAGUUCAAGAACGCCGACGAGAUGUGGAGGGAACAGGUCGGUGAUCCCAGCAAGAAGACCGACUGGUACCACCAAGGCGUUGGCUAUUGGCAAGGCGUGGAGGCAUCGGUGGAUGGGGUACUGGGAGGGUAUGGGCAUGUGAAUGAGGCGGACGUUCAUGGUAGCGAAGCUUUUCUCAAGACCCUCUUGUCUGAAAGAUACCUCAAUGCUGGCACAGACGGCCACCUCGUUGCACUCGAUUGUGGUGCUGGCAUUGGAAGAGUCACCAAAAAUCUUCUCAUAAGAUAUUUCAAUGAGGUUGAUCUUCUCGAACCUGUGUCACAUUUCCUAGAGGCUGCCCGGGAAAAUUUGUCUUCUGAAAGUCAUAUGUCCCCAGACAUUCACAAAGCGAACAAUUUUUUUUGUAUGCCUCUUCAGGAAUUCACUCCGGAUGCAGAAAGAUAUGAUGUUAUAUGGGUGCAGUGGUGCAUUGGGCAUCUUACAGAUGAUGACUUUGUGUCCUUCUUUAAGAGGGCUAAGGCUGGCCUAAAACCUGGGGGAUUCUUUGUUCUGAAGGAGAACAUAGCAAAAACUGGAUUUGUGCUCGACAAUGAAGAUCGAAGCAUCACCAGGUCCGAUUUAUACUUUAAGGAGCUCUUUCGUCAUUGUGGACUACAUCUUUACAAAUCAAAGGAAAGCACUUGAGAGCCGUGGAUGAAAAUCGUUCCAUGGAAAUAAUGUAGGUGAUAGGUUUUCGUAGUUGUGGUGUAGCAGAUUUGAUUGUAUUGUAAAGAGGCUUUUGUCUUAGGGUAGCAUUGAAAAAGAAGCUAAGAGGUUCACAAUAUAAAUCAAUCAACAUACUUUGUAGUUUUGUAGAUUUCAAAUAUUCUUGCUCUUUUUCCAUCUUCUUACUAGUUGGGCGUUUCUUUUUUUCUUUUUGUUUAUUUUGGUGUGCUAGUUUCACCCCUCAAUGGUAUUGCAUUACUCAUAAGAAGAUAUGUAAAUGGGUUCCUCCUAUUAACAAUUGGAUUUAACUAAUUGUUUUUUAUGGUUUGAAGAGAAAGACAUCUUCUUCCACGGCAUUUGGUUUGGAUGUCAAACCUUUCUUCAGUUCUAUGAAAUUGCUUAGGGAGGUAAAUCUACCGCCAUUUCUCUUAUUCCCAAGGUGGCCGCACCCAGAAACAAUAGGGUCCUUUCUUCAUAGCCAUACCCAAGCGUAAUUGCUCUCAUGAAUCCUCAAGCAUCACUUAUCAAAAAGAAAAAAAGAAAAAUCCUCAAGCAUCUUUAGACAGCCAUUACUAUCUUUCCCAAUCCCGUCUUGUUAGGGGACUCCUAAUUUGAAUUGCCUUGUAAUGUCAAGGUGGAGUGAAAUAUUUUCUCUCCGUACGAGUGUGAAAAAACUUUCUACGUUAGUUUCAUCGUCGAAGAUGGUUUCUUAGCGAUCUAUACGUCGAUGGUACUACGUGAUGAGUUUUAUUAAAGAGUUUGUGAUUGAAACUAAGUUAUUUUCUGUAAAAAGAGAGGGCGGCUUGAUCCGUAUCUCUGAGAGAGGACGGAGGUUCAAACAGGAGCUACUUCUUGGACUGGGAAUUGCGCAAUGGCUAGGGGGAGCUUUGGAGGGAUGUGCGUCAGAUAAAAGGGAAGAUUUUUAUUUGGCAAAGAGGGAGGGCUACCAGAGUUUCAUUGUACAGAGGUCCUCAAACAGUCGGGGCCGUCACGUGAAGGUGGCAGUUUAUGGUGAAGGGGGACGAAACAUUGCCAUCUUUAUUCCUGAGGAAGAGGGUGGUCGGGGGUGGAGAAAAUUGCGUGAGGCGUUGCGGGAAAGUCUUCAGGUGGCAAGCAACAGCCAUGGCAAGUCUGUAGAUGCCCAGAAGAAACCAGGGGGCAAGAUGGUGAAGUCUUACAAAGAAGCAGUUAUGAUGGAAGGAACAUGAGACAUAUGCUGGUCUCGGAGAGGGUGCCGUGUCCAGAGAGAGAGAGGACGGAAGAGACGUGAGGGAGACGCUGGUUGCUGUACGUGAUUUGCAGGUCCAAGUGAGGAAAUUACAGGAGGAAGUGUCUUGGGUCAGAAAGGUGGUCGAGGCAUAUAAGAAAGGGGAUGAAACGAUGUGUUUAAGGCAUAGUUUGUAUAAGGACCAAAAUCACUUAAGGUGGGACGGAGGGGUAGUGGGUUCGGCUGGCUAUAGGCCGAAACCCAUGGCCCAUAGCUAUCAUUCGGGUAGGGAUAGAGUGGGAAGGCCAGCCUUUAGGGCUGGGCCUGGGCCUUAUCAUAAGAAGAGCCUGGCCUGCCAGGCAUGGAAGGCACGGGUUAGGGGCAAAGACUCGGUGCCCGGGUACGAAAGGCAUGUACCCGACCCAGAAACCUCUUAGCGACGGCAGCAAGGGCCGUCCGACCAACAGACGGUGCCGACGAAGUCACCGAAAGCGGAAGGCAACAGAUUCAAGGCCGGCGAUGACGUCGAAGUUGAUUCACUCACCCAGUUGUUACCAGCAGACCCUGCUCCAGAACCUGUGGUGGUGCUCCCUUCACCUCCGAGUGGUGGUCCACCUAUGGCGACUGAUCAGAACCUGUCGGCCUUUCAAAAAACGCCGGCGAAACUGCCGACGGGAGGGGAAAACGAUGCAGUGCACUUGGGGAGUCAGAUCUUGCCGACGGGACAAGGGGAUUCAGAUCCUUUGGUGCUAGUAUCGGGAGGUUGUCAUUUUGUGGAGAUGGUAUAGAUCAUGCCGACGGCACAAGGAGAAAAGGGUGGAGGCCAGCCGAGAUUUUCAGGGAUGAACAGUGCCAUCGUGGAGGUGGAAAAUAGUGAGAAUGGUGAAGCAGAAGACUCGGCCAGUGAAUUGUUCCUAUCAGAUGAAGAGAGUUCACAGAGGUUAUUACAGGGGUCAAAUGAUCAUGGAGGGGAGCUUGGCUUAGUGACGGGUGACCUGAACAUAGAGGGACAGAGGGACUUUAGGGUGCAGAAUCCAAUUCCCCUGAAGUGUAUGUACCCAGAUUCAGCAAGCGUAACAGAUUGGGUGUUCCAGACAGUAAAUGACAUUAAGGACAUGGUGGGAUUAAAGUGUGAAGGUUAUGAAGAGCAAUUCAUGGCGUUACUUACUGCCAUUGAAGUGAGUCAUCAACAACAACGGAAAACAGGGUCCAAGAAACAGCGAGAACUCAAUAGGCUAACUUGGUCAAUGAAUUCUGAAGGUAGCUCAAGCAGGGAGAGAUCAAAAGGGAAAGGGCUAGCUUCUUCCAAUAAAUGAAACCAAAAAUCAUUUCUUGGAAUGUCCGUGGUCUAAAUGAUGCCGGUAAGCGCCUUCAAGUAAGAAACUUAUUGCGGGGAUGGAAUGCGGACAUUGUGUGUUUACAGGAGACGAAGUUGAAAACGGUCACUACGAACAUUAUACAGAGUAUAUGGAGCUGUGUUUAUGUUGAUUGGGCAUUUUUGGCAGCUAAUGGGGCCUCGGGAGGUGUGUUAUUGAUGUGGGACCAACGGGUAGUGGAGAAAUUGGAGGUGGCCGUGGGUUUGUUCACAGUAGCAUGCUCCAUUAGAAGUGUGAGUGACGGGUUCAAGUGGGCUUUUGCAGGUGUCUAUGGUCCUAACAUAGACAGGGACCGUAGAUUAUUGUGGGAUGAACUAGCUGGUCUACAUAGUUGGUGGGACCUUCCGUGGUGUAUUGGUGGUGACUUUAAUGCUAUAAGAUUCACAAGUGAGUGUUUUGGAAAUAGAAGAAUGCGUCUUGCAAUGUCCGAAUUUUCGGAAUGCAUUUUUGAGCUAAACCUCGUGGAUCUACCACUGGCAGGGGGUUCAUAUACGUGGGCUAAUAAUCAGACUUGGUCUAGAUUAGAUAGAUUUUUAAUUUCCCCAGAGUGGGAAAUCCACUUUCCCGAGGUGUGGCAAAAGAGACUGCCUCGUUUGUGCUCGGACCAUUGGCCUAUCAUGCUAGAUUGUGGGAGGAUUCAAAGAAGGGGGCAGCACUUCAAGUUUGAAAACAUGUGGCUGAAAUCAGAAGGUUUUGUGGAUAGGGUCGGACAGUGGUGGUUUUCAUACUAGAUCCAGGGUACCCCUAGUUUCAUUUUUGCUGGAAAACUAAAGGCUUUAAAGCAAGAUUUAAAGCUAUGGAAUUUGCAGUCUUUUGGUAAUGUCGGGGAACUCAAGAAGAUAAAGCUAAGGGAGAUACAAGAUGUAGAAAGGGUUCAAGAGUCAAGGCCAUUGAAUUCGGAGGAAGUAGCCCAAAAGCUAGCUUUGGUUGUAGAGCUUGAGAGGCUUAUCCUAUUAGAAGAGAUCUCGUGGAGGCAAAAGUCUAGAGCGCUAUGGUUGAAGGAAGGUGAUCGUAGCACUAAGUUUUUCCACAGAGUAGCUAAUUCCCACAGAAGAUCCAACAACAUUGAGAUGCUGAAGAUUGAUGGGGCAGAGUGUAGGGAUGAGCAGGUGAUCAACAAUCACGUGGUUCAUUUUUUUGAACAACUUGUUACUGAACAGGAGGGGUGGAGACCAAAGCUGGAGGGUAUGGCGUUCGAAUCCAUUGGGCCAAUGGAUGUUAGCCGUAUGGAGAGGCCGUUUGAAGAAGCAGAGAUAUUAGAAGUGGUAAGGAAAAUGACUAAAGACAAGGCCCUGGGUCCUGAUCGUUUCUCUAUGGGAUUUUUCCAAACUUGUUGGGAGAUUCUAAAGGAUGAUCUUAUGAAGGUCUUCCAGGAGUUUCAUUCGCAUGGAAAGUUCGAGAAAAGCUUAAAUGCAACUUUUCUAGCCUUGAUUCCAAAAAGGGUGGGGGCAGAGGAUAUUAAGGAGUAUAGGCCCAUUAGCCUAGUCAAUGGGGUCUAUAAGAUUCUAUCCAAGGUACUUGCAAACCGACUUAGCGAGGCUAUAGGGAAGAUAAUUUCUAAGCCCCAAAAUGCUUUUGUAAAGGAUCGACAAAUUUUAGAUGCUGUGCUCAUUGCUAAUGAAUGCCUGGACACUAGAUUGAAGGCUGGCUUACCAGGGAUUAUAUGCAAGUUAGACAUGGAGAAGGCAUAUGAUCAUGUUAAUUGGGAUUUUCUUAUUGACAUUUUGGGGAAGUGUGGCUUCGGGGAGAGAUGGCGAGCAUGAAUCCGUUGGUGCAUAUCUAUGGUAAAAUUUUCAGUUCUUAUAAAUGGAAGCCCUACUGGAUUUUUCAACAGUACUCGAGGCUUGAGACAAGGAGAUCUGCUGCCUCCAUUACUUUUUGUUAUUGUGAUGGAGGCUUUGAGCAGAAUGAUAGUAGCACUGGUGGCAAAUGGACAAAUGACUGGUUAUUCGACUGGAACCCCAGGAGGGGGUAGUAUUAACAUUUCUCAUCUGCUGUUUGCAGAUGAUACCCUAAUUUUUUGUGAGGCGAAUCAAUCACAGGUUCGAGUAUUGAAGGCACUUCUUCUAUGCUUUGAGGUAGUUUUAGGUUUGAAAGUGAAUCUGGACAAAUCAAAGAUGGUGCCGGUGGGUGGGGUUCAGCGCUUAAGAUAGUUGGCUAAUACUCUAGGGUGUAAGAUUGCUACUCUUCCCAUGACAUAUCUUGGUCUUCCGUUGGGGGCUCCAUCGAGAGCUAUCGCGCUCUGGGACACAGUGAUUGAGAAAGUUGAGUGACGCUUAGCAGGUUGGAAGAGAAUGUACCUUUCUAAAGGGGGCCGGAUUACGCUAAUAAAGAGUAUUCUUUCUAACCUCCUAACCUAUUUCCUAUCUUUGUUUCCCAUUCCAGCAAGGGUAGCACUCCACAUUGAGAAAUUACAACGUGACUUCCUGUGGGGCGGAAUAGGGGAGGAGUUCAAAUAUCAUCUUGUCAGGUGGGAGCAGGUUUGUAGACCCAUCUCGAGUGGCGGGUUGGGCAUUAGAAAGCUAAAAACCUUUAAUCAGGCGCUACUUGGCAAGUGGCUAUGGAGAUAUCAUAGAGAACCAGAUGCUCUUUGGAAGGUGGUGAUUGAAAGUAAGUAUGGGGGUUUAUGGGGUGGGUGGUGCACUAAGGAAAGUGCGAGGGGCGUAUGGUGUGGGAGUGUGGAAAUAUAUUAGACAAGGAUGGGGGUUUUCUCUCAAUACACUAGGUUUUGUCUAGGAGAAGGAAACAUGAUUAAUUUUUGGUAUGACACUUGGUGUGGUAAUUGUGCACUUAAAGAUUUAUUUCCAACACUAUUCGCAGUGGCAAGUGACAAAGAUAAAUUAGUAGCGGAAGUCAUGGUGGUAGUGGGGGAGCAUAUCCAGUGGAACGUCAGUUUCAGCAGGGCGGCACAAGAUUGCGAAAUGGACACUUUUGCAGCCUUUUUCAGUCUUUUGUAUUCAACCAAACCAAGUAAUCAGCUUAUAGACUCAUUGUGGUGGAUACCAUCGGGAAAAGGACUGUUUUCAGUCCGUGCUUUCUAUAAGGCCCUAAUACAAGGGCAACCCUCUUAGUUCCCAUGGAAAAACUUUGGAAACACAAGGUGCUUCUCAAAGCGGCGUUUUUCGUGUGGACCGCUUCUCUGGGUAAGAUCCUCACAAUGGAUAAUUUGAGAAAACGGAGGGUUAUCAUUAUAGAUUGGUGUUGUAUGUGCAGGAAGGGGGGUGAAUCCGUGGACCAUCUAUUAUUACAUUGUGAGGUAGCUAGAGGGUGAUGGAAUGAGGUUUUUUGUAGACUCGACUUGGGCUGGGUUAUGCCAGAUUCAGUAGUGGCGGCUAUUGCUAGCUGGACAGGUUUGAGAGGCAAUAACCAGAUAAAGGUGAUUUGGAAGAUGAUCCCGAUAUGCAUUAUGUGGUGCAUAUGGAAGGAACGCAACGAACGGACUUUCGAGGACAAAGAGAGAUCAAUGGAGGAGCUGAAAGUUUUCUUUUUCAGAACUCUUUGUACUUGGGCUAUUGCUAUUAGUUUUAAUGGCCAAAGCCUACAUGAUUUUCUUACGUCUGUGGAUCCUACAUAAUCUAGGACAUUUUUUGUACUGAACGUGGCAUUUUGCCUAUUCUUUUAUUAAUAUACUCUUUUACUUCUCUCAAAAAAAAAAAAGGCUUUUCGCUUGAUUGCCUUUGAUUAAGGUGCCCUUUUUUGUGCUGACCCCCUUACUGCUCCCAAGGUCCUCUUAAAAUAGUGAAAGCAAGGUGCCUUAAAAGAUGCAUUUUAGUUACCUUCCGGGGACUUUCUUUGUAAGAGAUGUCUUGGAUUCAACUGUUUGUAAGUAUUGCUGAUAAAUUUGGGAGAAGAUUGUUAUUGCCUGCUUAUUAGGUAUGUGUAAUGUUUAUUGGCAAGUAGCAAAACUUCUAUUGGAUCAUAGGAAUUCUUCCACUCAAGAAAUUUGAUCAAAGCAGAGUAUGGGUUUUUAGAGGUGAUUAGUUAUUGGAGCAUUUGACAGAGAACGGGAGUAUUGUUGUUAUAUAUAGUGCAAAGAAGUAGAGGCUUAACCCAAGCAGUUUCAUUGGGAAAGUCAGAGGGGCCUGGCUGAUGGUGGUGGUGGAAGAGUUCUGAGGUCUUCUAGGGUUAGCAACAAAGCUUUUAUUGCCCAGCAUUUUUCCAACCACCAUGGUAGAUUCUGGGCUUUGUUGUAAUUUGGAGGACAUGGCAGAAGAGGUUUCAUUGUUGGGACAAGAUUGUCAGGGGUGGAGACAAUUAUUGUCUGAGCUUCGACAGGUCUCAAAUCUACUUCUACUUGUGGUUCAGUGAUGAAUUUUGAGUGGUGUUUCUCGAAGGGUGCAUGCAGUGGCAAUGAGACCCUGUGGAUUGGCAAGACAUCGUAUGCACAGGCUUUAAUGGUGAUGAGGAGAACAAACGAUGCUCCAGUUGGCAGAGGAAUGAUUACGGCCCAGUAAUUGUCUAAAAUCCGUCUGGCCUUGUACGGUUUUUCAAAAUUGCAUGCAGACAUGUUGAGUAGGACAACUGGGGUGAAAAAUCGUACAAGGCCAGUGAAAAUUCACCCCAGGCCUAGAGUUAAAAGCCUUAAUAUGUGACUCCAUUUCUUUUCCAAAAUCCUCACUAGUUGGGUGUAUCAUUUGUGUACUUCCUGUGUACUUGGGUUGUGCCCCUGUAUGGUUUCAAUAUGACUGAUUAUUGAUGAAUGCAAUAAAUUUUCUGUGAUGACUUUAUGAAAUUUAUGGAAACAAGAAAUUGGCUGCAAGAAAUGGUCCAUCUUGAUGUACUAAUAUUCCAAAGAGCUUUGAUGGUAAUUUUGAAGUUACUAAAUAGGAUUGAGUAUUAUGUGUAGGAGACUAGUUUCUGGAUAUAAUGUCAGUUCAAACAUCGGACCUUUGGUAUGCAUCAUCUGUAUUGCCCCCGACCUUUUACCCAAUAAUUGGUGUUUUCUAAACAAACAGUAGAUGUUGAGGGUAUGCAAUAUGUGUAUAAUUUUGUUUUUACUCAUCAAACAAAAAAUAAUGUUAAAAACUAGUAGGUAUCUCCUCAAUGACAGCUUUGCAGUGAUAUAAUUUCAAAACUCAAUAUGCCAGCUGGAAGUAAUAACAUCUACUUACAAAACCAUUAUGUAAAAUUGUUGGGCGUAAGCAUGGGAGGCCAUGGAAACGGAAACGCGAAAAAUGCCAAGCAGAAGCAAAUAUUCCUUGAAGUUCAUUCUAAUUCAAGAGUUUGAAAAAUAGGAUUCUCCUUUUCUUCUCUCUCUCUCUCUCUCUCUCUCUUUUUCCUGAAAUUUGAAAGUAUGUUCUUCAAAAGUGCAUAUUAAAAUGAAUUGCGGUGGGGUACAAAUAAACUCAAUUUUCUCGUCUGAUGUUUGCUUUUUUAAUCAG